CACCUUUCAGUCAUAAAGCUAGAGAAACAAGCAACAGACGUUAGCUGGAUACUGUAUCUACCACUUCAACUGAUGCAACUCUGUGGACCAGUGGAUAGUUGCAUCUAAGCAGGUUAUUUCAUACUUUGCUGACGGAUAUCCAAACCGAAAAAGAAUGAAUCGUUCCUGUGUAAACUGCUGGAAAACCAUGAUGAUUUUCUUCAACUUCCUAUGCUGGCUGUGCGGUGCGUUUGUAGUGGCGUUUGGGGAGUACCAGAUGAUGCACUCCAAGUUCAGUUCCCUGAUCACCUCAUUCUUGCCCAUCCAACCUGCCAACACACUGGUGGUCAGUGGCACCAUCGUCACCUGUGUGUGCUACCUCGGGAUCCUGGGUGCCCUGAAGGAAAAUCGUUGCAUGCUUAUAACUUUUUUCACCCUUCUGUUCAUUCUGAUGCUGGUGGAGCUGGCUAUGGCCUGUGUCUUUUUGGUGUACAGCAGAGAGAUAGAUACUUUCUUUGAGAAAGACCUGAUGAAAAGUCUGGAGAUUUACAAGCAUUCCUCCCCCGAUGAUAAUCUGGCCAUGAAAAAUGAGUUUGACGCAGUCCAGCACACUUUUAAGUGCUGUGGGGUCCAUGGAGAAGCAGACUGGGAGGGAAGCAUACCUGUGUCAUGCUGUACCAGAAACCCCUGUAACAUCCUCCCUCAACCCAACUGGCCAGAGGGCUGUCAUGCAAAGCUGAGGAACUGGUUUGCAACAGAUUUUCUAAGCACUGGUGCUGGGGUCGUCUCUCUGUUCAUUUUACAGUUCAUUUGUAUGUGUUUCAGCAUCCCUCUCUUCUGCUACUUCAUCAAAAAUGGUCUUGGUUACCAGUGAAAAGAGACAAUGGAACAAUUAAGUACCCAGAGUACUUAAUUAAAAUGUUUCUCAUGUGUCUCGACUUGGAUUGGAUACAUAAUUUAAAUUGUAUAAUAUCAACGUUCAUAGUUUUGUGUUUAUCUAAAACAUAUGUAUAAAAAAACAUUAAAAAAUAUAGGAAUACAAAAUGUGGUUCUUUCUAAA